UAUUUACAUUCAAACUAUCGAUUCAGGAUCUCAAACAUGCCAGUGUAUUCAGCGCGGCCGAUCUAGGUAUUGACUUCCAAGUCGGCGGCAGCAUUAGUUGUAUUUCUCGAGUAUAUAAAAUAUCGCCGUAGUUUCUCUCUAAAACGUAUCUGAUCACCACAGCUCAGUAUCACAACAAUCUUCAGUCAAUCUUUCAGCCCAACCCGGCUACGACUAGCACUCAAGUCACCACAGUCAUUCUCUGAACUUGACACAGGUUAACUAGUAGUCAAGUCGCCACACUCAGUUCCAAACACAAUCCUCACUCCAAAGCCUCGACACGAAUCCCACAAUGGCUGCUGCAGUAAUCGAGGCCAUCGGCCUGAUCUCCGGCGCCCUGGGCAUCAUCCAAUUCGGAAUAGACAACUUUGCGGAGCCUGAUUCAGUCGGCUCCGUGGUCAAAGUUGCCGUGGGCCUCGAUGUCAACGGUGGCCUCAACAACGCCGGCGGCGACCUGCCUGACGUACGACUCUUCAACGAGGCCGGCGGCUUCCUUGGAAUCACUGCGGACCCCGGCUCCAUCGGCAGUGGCGAAGCCAAAGAAAUCACCGUCAGCCACAAUGGAGACAACGGGCAGCAGGCAACGUAUGCGCUUCUCUCGGCCAACGACAACGCGAUAUGCAUCGCCUACGCGUCUAUCACCUGGCCUGAUGGGAACAACUACGCCUGGAUCGGGGACUGGGGUCGCCAGUGUGGCGGGAGCUGGUAUUACAGUAACUACUAUAUAUCUGGGAGCGACGUGACGCCCGACUGCUUCUGGAUCGACUCCAACGGUGAUCAGCCGCAGACAGGGUUCCAGAUCCAUUGGCCCGAGUUUGUGAGCGCAUCGGGUGAUCUGCCCACGCAGCCUAGCGACAAGGAUGCGCUCCUAGAUCGCCUGUGCAAUGCGGGCCCACCGUUCAAGAUGUACACUGAGAAAGACCCCAGAGGCAUCACAUUCUGGACGAAGACUAAGCGGUCUGAGGAGGCGACGGCUGAGGCGUAUGCGCCGUGGAAGAGUGCGCCGUCGGCUAAGUUUGCAGACAAUAGGAGUGGGCAUAGCGCUACGGUGCCUAGGCAACAGUCGCUGCAUGCCAACCAGCUCGUUAUUGAUAACAACCCCAAUCACGCGGCUGAUGCACUCUGCGGUAGCGACACUUCGCUGGGUCCCGAUUUCGUCGAUUUGACUACGAGCUCUUUCUGUCGCAUGGAGGACAAGACGAUGUUCCCGCUUUGUUCGGAUGAGAUCACGGAUAACUGCUUCAACACAGACGUGCAGAAGUUGAUUGUUAAUGGUGUUGCCACUCGGGACUCGGAUUAUGGGAGGGUCUUGGACUGGACUUCGCAGUGAGCGGGCUGGAGUGAACGUUGGGAGGGGAUAGGUGAUAAUAACUCCUAGGGUUCUUGUUUUUUUUUCUCUUGUAUUGCAGACUUGUUUCUGUUCUGUGUAUACUUUCGAAACUUUGGAUUUUGGGGUUUUUGAUAGUGUUUUGGGUAUCGACAUGGAGUCUGGAAAGGGAUGGGAUCAUUUGUUACUUAUGUUGGUAAGGCUCACUUGCAAUUGUAAAAAGACGUUUUUCAGAAUACCUAGUUACGCAUAUUUGUAUUCAUGUUUCUGCAUUGUUGCACUCAUGUCAC